UCCCUCCCUCCCUCCCUCCCUUCCUUGAUGAAUCAUCUCCAUGCCAUGCGAUCCUUGUCCUCUGCUUCACCUGCGCGCCAUUCCCAAUAUUCUCCUCUUCUCCCUGAUUUGAUUUGUGUUGCUGCCCUCUUCAUCUUUGCCGGAUAGUAUGUGCCUGUUCCAUGGCUCCUUGUAUUAUAUCGCUGCUUCCUUUUUGGAACAUGGGAAAUGGGGUCGGUGAGCAUUCUCGCCAAAAGCUGCUUCCUUUUUUGACUGAGGAUAUAGAUCGUCCCAAAGAUGUCUUUUCUUUUUUCCUUUCUUAUAGAUAUUAUUUAUUUACUUUUACUCAUAAGUGAUUCUGGGGGUUGGAUCGUUAGGCACGCAUGUUCGGCACAUCUGUUAGCAAUAGCAUCCGGGAUUUGAUUAAUGGGGAAAACAAAAAAGAUUGAUUGCUGCAGAUGACUUGCUAGUAUUCCAUUCCAUUCCAUUUGAAGCAGAGCACGCUGUACUCCUGCUGCCCACCCCCAUGACCAUGAUACUCCAUUUUCGAUUAUACUGUAUAACCCAAAAUCAAAAGCUGAACAAGGGACGGAGCCGGAGGAGGCCAGCAAGCCACCUCUGCUAUGGCAACAAAAGGCGAGCAGAAACCCAUUGCCGAUGUAGGAACGGCAGCAUCUUAGACAAGAUGGAUGCUUGCGUGGAGUGUCCAGCCGCAUACGGAUACGGCUCGUCGUCCAUGAUGGAGAAGGCCACCAAAUGGGACGCCGCCAACCAUUUGCAUCGGAUGAGGGGACUCCAGCUGGAGGACGACAUCUUCUUCGCCUCGCCGUCGCCUCUGCUGCUUCUGAUGGAGGCGGAGCUGGAGAAGGCGCGAGGCCACGUCAGGGAUCUGGAGGACGAGCGGCGCGUCAUGACCAAGCGGCUGGAGCGGUUCCUGCGGAGGCUGGCCGACGACAAGGCGGCGUGGAAGGCCCGGGUCCGUGACAAGGCCCGCCACGCCGUGGCCGCCCUCCGUGACGAGCUCGGCGCGGAGCGGAGGCACCGGCGGCAGCUGGAGCAGGCCAACGCCCGGCUGCUGCGCGACCUGGCGGACGCGCGGGCGUCGGCCAAGCAGCAGGCGCAGAGCUACGAGAUGGAGCGUAAGGCGCGGGAGCUGAUGGAGGACGCCUGCUCCGAGCUCACGCGGGAGGUGGAGGAGGACCAGGCCGAGGUGGAGCUGCUCCGCCGGGAGUGCCUGCGCAUGCGGGAGGAGAUGGAGGAGGAGCGACGGAUGCUGCAGAUGGCCGAGGUGUGGCGGGAGGAGCGCGUGCAGAUGAAGCUCUCCGACGCCAAGCUCGCGCUCGACAACAAGUACACGCACCUCAACCGACUGCAGGCGGAGAUGGAGGCCUUCCUCCGCAGCAAGGACGACGAGUCGGCCUCCCACUCCGCCGUGCUGCGGGAGGCGCGCCUCAUCAGCGACGCCGCCGCCGCCACGAGCUCGUCUCUGGUGAGGCCGAGGCGGAGCGCCGGGAGCAAGGACGACGGGCGCAGGUACCGCAUCAGCAGCCAAGCGAGCCCCGCGUCGUCCAAAUCCAACGACAUGCUGCAAUCCGUCAGCCCCGCCACGGACCUGUUCUUGGCCAAGGCCGAUGACGACGACGACAUGUACGCCGACGGCGGCAGCUCGGCCGACCUGGAGAUGGAUUCCUGCAGCUGGGUCGGCACCAGCGAACGCUCAGCUUCGGUGGCCAAUGGCAACGGCAACGGCGUCGGCAGCGGGGUGACGACGGAGGCUCGUUCGUCAGGCGCGAGCCGCCGUUCGACUAAGAACACCGCGCUCAUACGCAGGCUCUGGAGGUCGGCCAUCACCGAGAGCAGGAACAAGACCGGGAGGACAGCUCCCGACGGUGGCAGCUGGUCGCCGUCUUAUUCGGAAGACAGGAGGAGGUCGAGCGUGACCGCGGAAGGGCCGCCGCCGCCUCCUCCUCCUCCAGCCGUUGCAGGCGAGCAGUGCAGCUCGUCAGGCGGAUCCGGAUUGCCACAGCCGCCGCAGCGGGGAGAGGGAGGGGGAGGGGGAGGCAAGCAGAAGCAGAAGCAGAAGCAGAAGCAGAGCCUCAAGGAGAAGCUGAUGGAGGCCAGGAUGGACGAUCACAAGCCCCUCCAUGCGCUCGCCGUCAAGCAAAAACCUUGAUGAUGAACAAGACUGGACUGCUACCAAAAUUCAUCAGAUCAUCAAUCAAUAUGAUUAUCAUAGAUUAAUAGACAAUACUUACUUGCUAGCAUAUUAUAUAUAUAUAUAUAUCUGAAUACCACCUUGACAUCCAUCCAUCCAAAGUUGCACAGUCCUUGUAUUAUAUAUUACUAGCAAAAAUACUCGUACAUUGCAACAGGAGAUAUAUUGCGUGUUCAAGAUUUAUUCAAAACUAA